AUGUCCGAUCAUGAGCUUCGAGCUCAGGUGACUCUUAUCCCACUGGGGGUAGACAACGAUGUGAGCCGACAGUUCACUCUCAAUAAUACCGACAAGACGAUUAUUAUCGGGCGCUCGUCAAAGAGGGGUUUGAAGAACCGCCUUCCGCAUCAAGAUAAUGGAUGGUUUGAUUCUCGGGUGAUGUCGCGGGAUCAUGCGGAGUUACUUAUUCAGCCUGGCAAGAUGAUCCUGAAUAUCAACGACCUCGGUUCGACCCACGGAACAUGGCUGAACAACAACCGAUUGAUCUUCGGGGAGGCGACACCAUUACUCAGCGGAGAUAUUCUACGAUUUGGCGUGGAUGUAGAACGCGGUGAAGGUUUGUAUAUGCCUUUAAAUCAUAAGGUUAAGCUAACACCCCCCAUAGAUGUUUUCCCGGCCCUGGUGGUUCGCUGCAAGGUCGACUGGUUGGGGCAGUAUGUAAAGCCCCGACUCUGGUUUCCCUGGAUCGGUACUGAUCCCCUGUUCAGGAUAACCCACGAUAUCGAAGUCACCCAUGUGAACGAAUCCCCGACUUAUUUUGAGCCCAAACCUGUUCCUUCACUCCGACAGACCUCAACCAACACCUUCUGCGUGCCCGAAGACGAUAGCGAUGUCGAAGAAGUUACCAUGCUCCAAUCUAUCCCGACAUACGAGGAGACUGAAGAGACUCACGCAAAUGAAAUGAAGACCAUGGUUUCCCCGGCGCUCACCUCCUCUGAGACUCACUCUAUUCCUGAGCACAUGGAGUGCCAACCUGGUGAUCCCAGGAAGCAACUUCCGCCCUCAUUCAGCAACCAGACCCCGUUGUUCACAGACAAGCAGUACCCGCCACACAUAUUAACCACUGACUCAUCUUUGACCGGCGGUCCAUCGGAUUACCCACGAUUUGGUGUUAAACUUUACAAGGAUAACUGGUCCUCGGAGGUCGAACGAGAGCUCACCAAAGAGUUCGAAGAGAGUGAAGAUGAAGACAGCUCGGAGAUCGAAUCAGACUCUGAUAGCUCCAGCAUUGAUGAGGACGAUUGCGAGCUGAACGACCUGUUGCUUUCUAGUACCAAGUCCGACGGAGGUUCCAGCAUUGACUCUGCCUCUGAUGCCGACUAUAACUCUGAUGCUGAGUCGCCCUUUGAUGAUGACUCUGCGUCUAACGACUCCCAUGAUUCGGAUGACGGAUCAUUUGUCGAGGAGAAUGAGAAGGAAUGCAUUGAUCCAACUCUGAUAUACAAUGAAUUCGCGGCUAGUAAUGUUCCCACCGUUCCGGCCUUGCCCGCAAAUGCCAAUGUCGGCUCAGAGCCCAAGUCCGAUGAGUUGAAGCACCUGCAUGAUCUUCAUGUGCGCUUCCCAAAGUGUCCCAUCACUUCUCUCUUGAAUUGCCCACCAUCGCAAACCUUUACCCAGGGAGAUGUAUCGAAAUCCUGCGACUCUAUCAAUCCACACCAACCCAUUCUCGAAUUUCCUGGAUAUGCACCCAGUCUGUACCGUGAUGGGCCAUUUUCCUGCGGUGGCCAGGUCGACAAAGAGACCAAUGAGACUGAAUGGGGAGACAUGCCAAAAGUCUCGUUGAAGCGCAAGGCCUUUGAGAUGGAGACACAAGACGCCCAGCUUCCCGAGCUUAUUGCUCCGCUAUCUCAGGAACCGAGCCUCAACUCUAUUCAGCAGUCUCAAGUCACCACUGCGAUUAGCUCCGCCCUGUCCGAGGCAGAGCCUCCGAGCAAGCGGGUCAAGUCAUCGCCCUCUUCGAACUUAGCAACCUACACAGCUACCGCUGUUGUUAGUGCUCUCCUGGGAGGACUGGGCACAAUUGCUCUUCUAGCAGCGCUACCCGCUGAAUACUUCCAGUAA